GUCAUGUUAUUGGUGGCAGUGUCACUUCUCAUUGGAAGUGUGUCCUGUUUCUAUUCCACUGGAGAUAGCGUGGUGGUGUUGAAUCCAGCAAACUUUGACGACAAAGUUAUGAACAGCGAUUCUAUUUGGGUUGUCGAGUUUUACGCACCAUGGUGUGGACACUGCAAAGCUUUGACUCCAGAAUGGAAGAAAGCUGGUAAAGCCCUCAAAGGGAUUGUGCAGAUUGGAGCAGCCGAUGUGGACCAGCACAAGGAACUUGGAAGCAAAUUUGGUAUUCAAGGAUUCCCAACUAUCAAAAUAUUUGCUGGAAACAAGAAUAAGCCAGUAGAUUACAAGGGACCAAGGACUGCAGCUGGUGUCAUACAAGAAGCUCUUAGACUGGCAACAGUACUUGCAAACGACCGAUUAGCGGGAAAAGGUGACAGCAGCAGUGGUGGUAAGAGCGGGGGUAAGAGCGGUGGCAACAAGAAGGGAAACCCUGCCGAUGUAGUCGAAUUAACCAGCUCUAUUUUCAACAAAGAGGUGUUGGACAGUAAGGAUAUGUGGCUGGUAGAAUUCUACGCUCCCUGGUGCGGGCACUGUAAGAAGUUAGCUCCCGAGUGGGCUAGCGCUGCUACAUCACUCAAGGGAAAAGUAAAGCUUGGUGCUGUGGACGCUACCCAGUUCGGGGAUCUUGCUCAACGAUACGGUGUCAAAGGAUAUCCCACUAUCAAGUAUUUCCCGGCUGGAGCUAAGUUGGACGCGGAAGAGUAUGACGGGGGCAGGACUGCAGGAGAUAUUGUGUCCUGGGCUGAGGCUAAACUGGAAGUGUUCGCUGAACCUCCCGAGAUAAGAGAGUUGUUGAACGAUGAAAUGUUUGCGGAAGAGUGCCGAGAGAAGGGGAUAUGUCUGAUCAGUAUCCUGCCUGAUAUCUUGGAUACAGGUGCUGAAGGAAGAAACAAUUACCUCACCACCCUCAAGGAGCUCGGUGAUAAAUAUAAGAAAAGGAAGUGGGGAUGGGCAUGGAGUUUUGCUGGAGAACAAGACAAACUUGAGGCUGCAAUUGAGGUCGGAGGCGCUGGUUACCCUACCAUAGUCGCCCUGAACAUCAAGAAAAACGCUGUUCUUCAUCACAGAGGUGGUUUCAGCAAGGACAGUAUCAACGAGUUCCUCCAGUACGUUAUUGCUGGACGUAUAGCUCCUGCUGUUCUAAGAAAGGACGUUCCUAAGUUGAGGAAAGCAACACCAUGGGACGGCAAAGAUGGACAGAUGCCAGAAGAGGAAGAUUAUUCGGAUCUGGAUGAUGUGGACCUGGACGAUAUUCCUGUUGACGAGGAGGGAUCUGGUCACUCGGAGCUCUAAUGCUCGGCCUGCGCUCUAAAUUAAAAGAUUAUUAGCAGUUUUAUUCGCUGUGUUGACGUACUUUUAACAUUUGGUUUCUUAAAUAAAUUCUUAAGGGGAGAGGAAGCUUCUAGUAUUUAUGAUUGAUAUUGCUGAUAUAAAUAGAUAAAUACACUAUAUUGCUUAUAUAUGUAUAAAUACACUAUAUAAAUGCAUGUUUUGUUCAGACGAAUAGGUUGGCUCUGUUUCGAUAUUUUAUUUUAUUUUCCAUUGUAAUAUUUGAAGUUUAUAUUCCACUGAAAAAAGAAAUUAAA